AAUCAACUCAGAAUCAGAGAAAGGGAGAAAAAACAAAGAAAAAUUAAGAAACAAAAAACUAUAAAAACAGAUUGAGAUAAGAAUAUAAGAAAAAUAAAUUAACCAAAUAAAUAAAUAAAGAAGAGGUGACUCGACUCGAUCUGCUCUUUAUCCAAAUCUGUGUCGAUCCUCUGUUACAGAGGGAAAAGAGCAAGGAAUUUUAGCUUAAUCGGUUCUACUUCUCCUCAGAAAAACGAAGGUUCAAUUCGUCUAAUUUAAUCGCUUUGGUUUUUCUGGCUAAAUUUUUAGCACUAUUUUUUAUUCAAUAUACAUGCCAACACUGUCCGUGGUUGGAUAAUGGCUGUUGAGGCUCCUGCCAAACAUGUUUUUGAUUUUGACGACGACGAUGAUGAUGAUGGGCCUGUAGUGUUCAAGAGGAAUAAUACCUUGUCCUCUAAGCAAAACCAGUUAAACUCCGAAAUAAAGAAGGCAUCGUCUCAAAGGUCUGAUGGGCAUUCUGGUAGUCGGGCCUUCUAUGUACAAGCUUUGAAUGGUCAAAGUUCCAGUUCUCAGAAGAACAAGGCAUUCCCAUCUUCUAAGUCUCUGCCUGUGAGAUCUCCUAUUUUGAGCCCAAAAGCAUCAACAUCAUCUGCCAGGACAUCACCCGUGAAGUCACCAGUGGCGAAUUUUAAGACACCAGCAUCUUUAAAUGAUCACUCAAAACAAGCCUUGAAGCAGAAUAAUUGUAAUGUUGUCAAUGAAGGGAAAAGCCCAAUUAAAGGUGCCACUGAAGCAAACAGUGACGACGACGAUGAUUUACAACCUUUGAGUGCCCGGCUUAAGGGGAUCUCAAACCAAGGUACCAAAGGGGCGAGCACUUCUAGUACUGCCCAAUCACAUCGAUUAGUAUCAAAGACUGAAAUAAAGGGAUCCACCAAAGAUCCAGAUGAUGAAGCUCCUUUGUCUGUGAGGUUCAACAUGAAGUCCAGUGCUGGGACAUCAAGUAGUAAGCUGUAUGAUUCUGAUGAGAAGAAACCUCUGGCAUCUAACAGCGAGCAGAAGUGUUCAACUGUGAAGGGCAAGCAGGAAAAGUCUUCUAUGUUGUCAGGUAAGAGGCCUCUUGAUAAGGGCAAUUGCUCAGAUCAGUCUUCAGCUAAAAAGCCAAAGAUCUCAGAUACACCUACAGCAAUGAAAUCCAAGCAAUUAACAGUGAAAGCUGAAAAGGAAAAGGCUGACGAAGAUGAUGAUGAUGAUAUUCCAAUUUCACAACGAAUAAAAAAGUCACCUCCAUCAAACAGUAAAACAUCGUCUAUGAAGCAAAAAGCAGCCAAGGUUGUAUCUUCUUCACUUAAAAAGUUAAAUAAAAAGUCGAAGAAAGAGUUCAAAAAUUCUAAAUAUAUUAAGUCAACAAAAGUGUCGCCUAGUUCUGGUGAUGGGCAGAAAAAGUGGAGUACCUUGGUUCAUAAUGGUGUCAUUUUUCCACCCCCAUACAAGCCUCAUGGGAUUAAGUUGCUGUAUGAUGGACGGCCUAUUGAUCUAACUCCUGAACAAGAGGAGGUUGCAACAAUGUUUGCUGUGAUGAAAGAUACAGAUUACAUGAAUAAACCACAGUUCAAGAAGAAUUUCUGGGAAGAUUGGAGUAAAUUACUGGGGAAAAACCAUACCAUUAAGGACUUGGACAAAUGUGACUUCACUCCAAUAUACGAGUGGCAUUUGCAGGAGAAAGAGAAGAAGAAACAAAUGAGUUCUGAAGAGAAGAAGGCUUUGAAAGAAGAAAAGUUGAAGCAGGAGGAAAAGUAUAUGUGGGCUAUUGUUGAUCGCGUCAAAGAGAAGGUAGGAAAUUUCAGAGUUGAACCGCCUGGUCUUUUUCGAGGUCGGGGAGAGCAUCCAAAGAUGGGAAAGUUGAAAAGACGUAUUCGCCCAAGUGACAUUACAAUUAAUAUUGGAAAGAAUGCCCCAAUUCCAGAAUGUCCAAUCCCCGGUGAAAGUUGGAAAGAUAUAAAACAUGACAAUACUGUCACAUGGUUAGCUUUCUGGAAUGAUCCCAUUAAUCCAAAAGAAUUCAAAUAUGUAUUUUUGGCUGCUAGCAGUUCUUUGAAGGGUCAAAGUGACAAGGAGAAAUAUGAGAAAGCUAGGAUGCUGAAGGAAUAUAUCAAGAACAUCAGAGCAGCAUAUACCAAGGAUUUUACGUCUAAAGAUGUUACAAAGAGGCAAAUAGCAGUUGCUACCUAUCUUAUUGAUAAAUUAGCUCUUAGGGCGGGUAAUGAGAAGGAUGAUGAUGAAGCUGAUACUGUUGGUUGCUGCACACUUAAAGUAGGAAAUGUGGAGUGUAUUCCACCAAAUAAAUUGAAGUUUGACUUCCUUGGUAAAGAUUCGAUUCAAUAUGUGAACACAGUGGAGGUUGAGCUUCCUGUCUACAAUGCAAUUGGACAGUUUCACACUGGGAAAAGCAAAAGUGAUGAUCUUUUUGACAAGCUUGAUACAAGUAAACUAAAUGCACAUUUGAAGGAGCUCAUGCCAGGGCUUACAGCAAAAGUCUUCCGUACCUACAAUGCUUCCAUUACAUUGGAUGAGAUGUUAAAUAAAGAAACCAAAGAUGGGGAUGUGGCGGAAAAAGUUGUAAUUUAUCAGCGCGCAAACAAAGAGGUUGCAAUCAUAUGUAAUCAUCAGCGGAGUAUUUCAAAAUCUCAUAGUGCACAGAUGUCAAGGUUGACUGAGAAAAUAACAGAACUCAAGGGUGUUCUAAAGGAGCUAAAAAUUGAUUUGGACAGGGCUAAGAAAGGAAAGCCCCCAUUGAAGGAUGCUGACGGGAAGCAGAAGAGAAACUUGACCCCUGAAGUGUUAGAGAAAAAGAUAGCUCAAACAAAUGCCAAGAUUGAGAAGAUGGAAAGAGACAUGCAAACUAAAGAGGAUCUAAAAACUGUGGCAUUAGGCACAUCCAAAAUUAAUUACCUUGACCCCCGGAUUACAGUUGCAUGGUGCAAGCGGCAUGAGGUUCCCAUCGAGAAGAUAUUCAACAAAUCACUUCUGGCAAAGUUUGCUUGGGCAAUGGAUGUAGAUCCUGAUUUCAGAUUCUAAUCAUCUAAGUGAAUGAAACCAGGUUGGUGCCAUGAAAAUCUUACUCCCCAAGGAAAAGACGAGAGGACAAAGGAACAACCAAACCAGUCCCCUUUCUUCAAUUAUCAUCCAUUUUUUUCCAUGAAAGUUAUUUACAAUAUACUUCUUUUUUCCCCCGUGUCAGCAAAAAAAUUCAUGUUAUAUGUCAAGCUAAUCUAAUCAAGGGCAGGUUGGCUCAUUUCCUUUUUUCCAUUUCUAAAAACUGUUCAAAUGUUGGCAGAGAAGAGUGCAACAAAAAUAGUCCGCGUUUUAGCUUUGGAACAUUACUUACGAACUUUCAAAUGUUGAGAUACAUUGAUGAAUUGUUCAAAAACAGAGUUAAUUUAUACUUUCCCUUCUGGGAUUUCAUCUGUUA